GAACAGCGGAAGGGGUGAGGAGGGGGGAGGAGGAGGGAAAGGGAAGAUCCUGCCUUCCUUCAGACGGACUUUUAGGCCACUUUUAUUUUUCUACUUUAAUGUUUCCGUCGCUCCGGAGCUCGGAGCCGCGGUCAGCCCCACACAGCCGGAGCGGAGCCGCGCACUGACGGACGGCGACAUGUCGGGCAGAUCCGGGGCCGUCUGGAUGUGACUGGAUGGAGGGAGAGAAAGAGACGGCCGAAGAGAAGGAGGAGGAGGAGGAGGACAAGCUUCAUCAUCACAUCGCAGCGGCGUCCUCUGUGGACUACCAGGACCUUCCCAUCAUGCACUGGGAGGACCUGAGCCAGCGGAUAGCCGAGUUGGAGAAACAGGAGCAGGAGAGGAGGGAAAGGUCAAAGAGGGGGGCGGAGGGGAGUCAGGGGGGAGUGUGGAGAGACGUCUGGGAGGAAGAGGAGGAAGACUUCAGGAGGUGUCGAGUCGCUGUCGUCACGUCACGAUUUCACAACCACAGAAACCUGCAGCUGUGCUUCAUCAACAACAGUGACAGUGAAGAGGAGGAGGAAGGAACCAACAGAAAGGUUUCCGUGGGAACAGGACGCAAUGGUUGCCAUGCUGCUGGUCUGAAACAGGAAGUGGCCACCGCUCUGAGGACACUGAGAGACAAGCUGCUGGCUGAACAGAAGGAGAAGGAGCGUCUGGCCGGCAGCAGUGGUGUUGCCAAGAGGAAACAUCUGGAGCGCUGGGAGCUGCAGGAGUGUUCGAUGCAGCAGCUCAGCAGCUUGAGAGCAUCGCUUCAACAGGACGUACACGCUCUAAGCUCAGAGCUCGUGGCCCACCUGUUGGUACGAGACCAGCUGAGGACGAAGCAGGACGCCAUGCUGCUGGACGUCCAGGACCUGACCUAACACCAGGACCACAGACUGGACGGUCCACCCAAGAACUUCAAGUUCUCUCCACAUCUAAGUGAACAUUUUUUUCCACUCUGGGACCAGGCCAGGCUGCUCGUCCACGUCAGUCCAGUCCUUUACUUCAACAAAACGUUAGUGAACCUGCUAAUUUAUCCGAAAAUGACAAAUCACCACCGAACGGAGCAACAAGAUGGAGAUUGGUGUGGAUGGUCACGUUGACAGGAAGCUGAAUAACUCAGAUUUGGCAUUGCUCUGGCAUUGGACGACUGGAUGCCUUCAACAAACAUCCAAAGGAAAGUUCUUAUCAGAGUUGGUACAUGAUUGGUUGACAUGAAAUGACAUGAAGAAGUAACCACACAGGCAGAAUCUCACCCAUUUCAGUCGGAUUGCUGGGAAUCCAAAUCCAUUUUGUCAAUCAUCUCCAGUCAGCUUCUGACGAGCGAGGGCCGUGUUUAAGAAGCCGGGAUUACGAAGACUAUAAGACAUCAAACACAACACAGGUCUUCAACAGAUUCUGUCCUAAUGUCUUCAAUCUGCAAUCAGCCAUUUAAUUGACAUAGUGUAAGUGUUGUGGUCUGUUAAACUACUCAGGAUCUGUGUUUUCAGGUUUUUUGCAUUGUACCUGGAAAUGGCUCAGAGUGGAAAUAUACAGGUUGAUGGACACAGUAUACAUAAGAAAGUAGUAUGAGGGCAGUUCUUACAGUUAAGAAAACUAGACACAGGAUUACUAGCAGGUGACACUUAAUGAUUGGCAAUAACAUCAAAGGAAGUUGUAUUUCAGUCAGUUUACUUCACAGGGAGAACAAUGUUUGGAUGCACUUGGAUGUUAUUUGCUCAGAUUAAUCUAAAAACAUAAGAAAGAUCAUUUAUGUCUGGAGUUAUGGAUAUUUCAGAAUCAAAUACAAUCUCCUUCAUCUCCUAAAAUGCAGCUCAUAUACUACUAACUUAAAACAAGAAGGAAUGAAAUAAGUUCUUUAAUUAGCCUCAGUCACAAAAUGUUCAUACUGAAUGUGUCUGUAUCUCAUUUUAUGGUUCUGUUUAGUCAACUCAAAGGAAACGUGGUGGUCUUAGUUAAAUAUUGAAAAAGUCCAUGUUGACUUAGGUCACAAGACAGGACAACAGUGUAGUUCUAUGGACACAUCUGUCUGUUGGUCUUCAAAGAUGAAGUUUUGUUUCAGACAUUCAUGGUUCCCAGAGGAUGAAUCCUGUUGACUUUGGUGAUCUACUGACUCUGGCACCACUAUGAGGUUAAAAUUUGUGGUUUUGAGAGAAAUAUCUCAACGACUACUGGAUGGAUUGGCAUGAAAUCUGGCACACAUAUUCAUAUUCCCCUCAGGAUGAACCGUAACAACUUUGGUGAUCCUGACUUUGCAUCUAGUGCCAUCAUCAGGUCAACAUUUUAAGACAUUGGUCAGACCUAGUCCAUAAGAUGUGCAGAGUGUUUAUGCCUGAUCUGAAUGGCCACACUGGACAGCGGAGGGAAAAGCCGAUGUUUUUUAAAACCAGGGAUAAAGUGACACAAAUAGUUUUGAACCCAGCAUAAUUUCUCACUGCUACACACUGAGUGAGGUCGGCGUAAAUGUUUUGGAAAGUGACAGAAGUAGUCGAACGUAGACCCCUUCUAAUCAAUUGUCUGAAAGGUGUGGGUAGAGUUGGUGUCUGAAGCUAUUCGACUAUCUGACUACCAGUUUGAACAGAGUGUAAAGCUAACUUUUGUUAUUGUUUUAAUCUUUCUUGAAUCUUUACCUUUUAGGAGCCUGAACCUAAAACAGGUGUCCUGUGCUCUAGCUCUAUACAUCCAUUAAUGCUGACAACCUUCCUGAGACUUUGGUCUGGUACAAGAACGCAACACAACUGGAAAAACUUUAACCCUCCCAGUUUAGAUUAUCAGCCUAAUACUUUGGUGAGAAAUGGCUAAUUUCAGUUUCACUUCAGUGAAAGGGGACAGACACUGUAAAUAUAUCAGUAUUUUUCACAGAGGACUCACUUAUUCUUGGGCGAAGUAAAGAUUACAUAUUAAUCUUGGAGACAGAUGCAUUUACAGAAAGAGUGGUUUGGAUUUCAGUCUCUGGUCUGCAUUAGUUUCAUAUACACUUUUUAAUAUCAGAUAGUUUCCCAAGACUUAAAACAUUUGCAACAAUCUAGUUUUAAAAGACUAAGGUGUGGUCAAGGGGUAAUCCUUAAAGGCCCUGAAAACCCAUUCUCUCAAUCAGCUUUUUACACAUAAACAAUAUUUUCUGUCAAAGUUUCAGUUUCAGUUUUGGUUACACAUUAGAAAUUUAUGCCAUUUGUUUUCUGUCAUAUUCUUCCUUCUUGUUUGAAGUGGGCAGGACAUGUAUUUCCAUCCACCAAUCAGACUUUUAAGCUUAUUUUAUUCAGGAUCUGAUGGCUACUGUCAAACAAAUGUGCUAAAACUAGACACAGAGUUCUAUUGAAGCAGAUUAACUCAGUUUUUUGUGUGUCUAAACUUAAUUAAUAAGAAGUAAUGAUGUUUUUUUUCCAGACAAUAGUUUUAAUUGUUGCUCUUAUUUUUUUUAAAUAUUUAAUCUAAAAGAAGAAAAAAUGGUUUUCAAGGACUUUAAGAUGCACUCAAAGAAACAAACGCUGGUGUUGUUGGAGUAAAAACGAGGGAAUCUUUAAUCUUUUAAAAUUUGAUGCUCUGACAACUUUAAUGUAGAACACAUAAACGUUGUGGUGAAAAGAUUUGUGUGAUUUUUCUCAGGUAGAAAGUCCAUCAGCAAGUUCACUACUGGAAAUCAAAGCAGUUGAGAACUUUGACAUCCAGAGUAGCUUUAGACGUGAGAGUAACCACAACUACAUGAAAAGUUUUGGGAUCAAAUUGUCAUAUUCAGAUAUUAUUCUGAUUUUUUAUUUUUUAUUUUAGCCUUAACACUAAAAAGAAACGUCCAGAUUGCGUUACUUUCCAAGUGAGACAAAAGUUAAAUAUCUUUGGAUAAAAGGAUUUGGAUUUCUAACUUAUUUAAGUUUUAUUGUGUUUAUUACUUUAUUACUUUUGCCUGUUAUUAUAAGAAGGGAACAGCACACUCAUACAGCAUUUGUAGCAAGACAACUGAUACCUUUUUAUUUUGGUUGUUAUGUUCUGUUUUUCUUAAAAACACAAAAGGGGAAUUUCACCAAAAUUAGUUUUUAUAUAUGGUGUCAUUGUUGAGCUAAAAAGUCCUCUGCACUUAAGAUAAAAUGAAAAUUAUAAAAGGUUUUAUAAUCACAUUUGAUUUUAGGUACAAGAACAAAGCCGUCCAUUUGUUUAAAAGCAAUGAAAGUUGAUUAGCUGCCUUUUUAAAUUAAUUCUUGUCUUGAAAUUUUGGUGGCAUUCCUCUUUAACUGAUGCUAAACACUUCAGGUACAGGCAGCAAUUAUAUUAUUGUUUACUUGUAAGGAAUGCAAGGGAAUAAUCCACUUAAUAUAGCCAACUGUAUGUGAUGUUGUACAUCAAAUAUUGCUGCCAUAUUUUGAGUUUUGCUCUUUUAACUUGAUGUUUAUGUCAACAUGUGGUGGUCCACCUUAACAAGCUGUUUUUAUAAACUCCCUAUUAUUUUUAAGGUUGCGUUUUCAUCUAACUACAGCAACUUACCUUUGGAGACUAGCUACGGAUAUUUAGAUGAUUUAAAACAUGGCUUUUAUAAACCACCACUUGCAAUGUCCUCUAGUGCCUUACAAAGAAAUUAUAUUUUGAUACUGAUUAUUUCCACAUUUUCUCACAUUGAUCUGUGAUAAGAAGCUGAAUGUUAUAUGGAGGGCGAUGUACUGUAAAGGGAAAAUGUGUUAACUUUUUUAUUCACGUAUAUAUAUUUAAAGUCACACUGAAAUGUUAUUAUGAGAGUGUCAAAGUGAUGAAGCAUGUUUAAUGUGACGUGUUUCCUCUUGAAGCAUUAUGUCAGUGGGGGACGUAACACAGUGAGGGAUAAUUCAGAAGUGAUGAAUAAUAAUAAGAGUAGUAUUUUGUCCUGAAAAUGAGUUAACAAAGUGAACAGAUAGUUUUUCGUUUCACUGUGACUUUAAGAUUAUUUAGAGAUGUAUUUUAAAAUGUAAAUAAAAUUAAUUACAAUUGUAUUUGUGAAUGUAAACAUUAAUUAUGAAAUAUAUUUUGAGAGGCUAAAAGCUGA